AUGUCGACAACCACUACUACCACCGCUAUCGACACUGCUCCCGCCGAGACUAACAUUAUUCGUCUCCGUCGCAAUGCCCGACGAAGGCUUUCCACUCCCUCACUGACCAUACAGACACAUCGUCUCCAGUUCUGUCACCCAUUUCCACCAUCCCUCGAAGCAUUAGAUCUAUCUACAUCUUCCUCACCAGCUCAAAUUAUUGCUUCUCUCCGAUACCUGGUCCUUUCAUACCUGGCAGAACUCGAACAACGACUGGCGCUCUUAGAAUCUCCGAACCUAGAGAAGUGGCAUACGAAAGGAGAGCUCACGAUUGAAGAAGCUAGGCAAUGGGCACGCGAGACUCUCGAGAUGCUCGAGUCUCUCCGGGACGAUGUUUGCUCCCAUUUACCUGAUAUUCACCUUUCCGACAUUACCGUCGACAACCUCAAAUUGCACCUUCCUGACUUUCCAGAUGUCCCAAGUAUCAGCGACAUGCGCGCUCAUCUUCCUGACGUUCCCAGCAUUAACGACAUGCGUUCUCACCUCCCAGACCUCCCAGACUGCAUUUCCGCUAAAUUGGACAAUGUCCGUACGAGAUUUCAUGAUAUAGAUUUCCAUACACCGUUAGACUAUGUUCCGACAUUGUCUGAACGUCUCAAAUCACUACAAUCGCAUUUAUCUAUGAUGGAAUUGCCUAUAGGACUCCCGGGUUCGCAUUCUAUGCUUGCGGAUCUCGUCGACUCGCUGCUUUCAUCUGAGCUAGUGACUGAUUUCCUUCAAUCUGCGACCCCGGAGGAUGCUGUUUUCGAGAGAGCGGCAAGGGAAGUCACUCGAGCUGUCAAACGGUCGUUCGAAGGGGUGCAUUUGAUCAGCUAUCACGACUUGCCUGAGCCUUGGCAAAAUAACUCGUUUGUUACACAAGGUUAUAGAUUUAUCCCUAUUGAACGAUGGCCUUUGAUUAUCAUGUCUCUAUUUGCAUUCCACAAUGAAUUCUUGAAUAUACACACUCACCUUAUACCUGGCCUCUUAUGGGCUAUCAAUUCUAUACCCUUUGUUAAUCCUUCUGGGGUCGAGGAUCUCCCCGAGGCAAUGUUCAUGGCUUUCGCCGUCAUUUGUCUGUUCAGUAGUGCUGUGUGGCACACGAUGGCUGGAUGUGCUCAUUGUCCAAGCAUGGAGUUCUGCGCCCGAGUAGACUACGUUGGGAUCGGAUGGUUAAUCAGUGCAAGCGUUGGGACAGUUGUUCAUUAUGGAUUCCAGUGCCACCCGGAGUUAGAAAAGAUGUUCUUAGUUGGUUGUCUCUUGACUGGUCUGCUUGGAAAUAUCUGUCCAUUCAUGAAGUGGUUCAAUGAAGUUCGCUACCGAGGAUGGCGUAUCGUGUUUUUCCUCUCCUUAGCGUUCUUCUCGCUAGCUCCUCUAGCUACCAUGGCUAUCCUAUACUCUCCCAAAGCGAUGGCUGCGUUCAUUUCGCCUGUGGUGCCUUCCCUCAUCUCAUACAUUGUCGGGCUGGCAUUUUAUGCUACGCACAUACCUGAGCGAUUCAUCUCGGAUAAAUGGUCUCGCCAUCUGGAUAAGAUUGGUGGAGGAUCGCAUGCCAUUUGGCACUGCUUCAUCGUUCUUGCUGUGGCCCAGCACAAGGCUGCGAUACGUAUGAUGAAGGCUGGCAUUGCGUGUCAGAUGCAUGCAUAA